AUGGCGCUGUGCCAAAACCGUUUACAGGAAGAGAGGAAGCAAUGGCGGAAGGAUCACCCAUUUGGAUUUUUCGCAAAACCGCAGAGAAAUGCGCAGGGCGUGCUCGAUCUUAAGGUAUGGGAAUGUGGCAUACCCGGCAAGGAGAAGACAUUAUGGGAGGGGGGACUUUUCAAGAUGAAUGUCACUUUUCCUGAUGAGUAUCCCACAAAGCCUCCAAAAUGCAAAUUCACACCACCGCUUUUCCACCCCAAUGUUUAUCCGUCCGGCACAGUCUGUCUUUCGAUACUGAACGAAGAGGAGGGUUGGAAACCAGCCAUCACGAUCAAGCAAAUUCUUCUCGGUGUUCAGGACCUUCUUGACGACCCAAAUCCUGAAUCCCCCGCCCAGGCAGAGGCCUACAACCUUUUCAAGAAGGAUCGAGCAGCGUAUGAGACCAAAGUAAAGAAGAUUGUUCGCGAAAAUCCAGCGCCAUAG